AUAAAUGAACCAAAUUCAAAUUACCAAAAAUGAAAACAAAAUGGAGGUAACAACACUUCCUUCUCUAAUCCAACUGCAUCAAAACCAUGAACCCAGAAUCUCCCUCACACAUCCGCACUUCAAUGCCGGAAACCACCGUAAGCCCUAAUCCCACGACGGCGGCUCCCAGCAAGAGGCUUCCCGUCGCCGCCCGCAUACUUUCUCCGACGUCGCCGGUUUUCAUCGGCUCCAACGACGACCAGGUUGAACGUGCCCAAGCCCGCGCAGCCCGUGCCACCGCCAUCCGCCGCAAGUCCCUCGCCGCCGCCGCGAACUUCCCCUCCCGAGACCCCGAUUCUGAUCCUUGUCUCACCAAGGACCAGAUUCUCGACUUGUUCCACAACUGCAUAAAGCUUGCCGCCGAAAAUAAAAUUAAUCAGAAGAAUACAUGGGAGUUGAAAUUGAUUGAUCAUCUUACGGAUUUCAUAAGGACUGAAGAAGAAAGCGAUGUAGAGACCAACUUUCAAAUUGCAAGCUGCACUCUUGAAGCUGGAGUCAAAAUUUAUUCACUAAGGGUGGACUCAGUGCAUUCUGAGGCAUAUAAAGUCCUUGCUAGAAUGAACAGAGUCGGCCAAGAAGCUGAGGAAGACUCUACUCUGGAUAGUGUUAAUGCUGAAGAUGGACAUGAAGAAAGCAAGAAGGGGAUUGACAAAAAGUUGUCACCCUUGUCAACAUUGGAGUCAUCAUUCGAGGCUCUUAAUGUAAAGAAGUUUGAUGUUGCAUUUGCUGUGGAUCCCCUCUAUCGCCACACAUCAGCACAAUUUGACGAAGGUGGAGCUAAAGGUCUAUUGAUGAAUAAUCUCGGUGUAUAUGGUGGAUGUAGGGUACUCUUUGAUUCACUAGAAGUUCCAGGGAAGUGCAUAGCCAGUCAAAGUGAACAGGACAUAUCAGAUACAAUUGAUCUUUCUUUUCUCAGAGAUUGUAUUGAAGAGAUGUUAUUGAACAUGCGUAUGAAGGAUGAAAUCUCUCCAACUCUCCGGGUUAUAGUGAAUCAAUUUGAUGAAAAUAAUAGAAGGCCUUCCGAUUUUGAAUUUUCUGGCCAGAAAUCAGCUGAAGAGUUUGGUGUAGAUAUUGAUUGUUCAAUUGCAGCUGAAAGAGGAGAAUAUGAGAACUUCCCGUCUUGGUGUAAUGAUCAUGAUAACCAAACAUUUGUUGCUGAACAGGGCUCUAAUGACGCAGAGCCAAGUUUUUCAAGCUAUCCUCAGGAAAAAGAACCUUUUCCUUCCCAAGAUUCAGAUAUGGAUGGAAAUUUUGAAAAUGUUGAUGAGUAUAUAUUUCUCAGUCUGGGUCUUAGGUCAAAGAAAAAUGCAUGGGCAGGUCCUGACCAUUGGAAGUAUGGCAAAGCUAAAGAGUCAGUUGCUCGUUGUACUUCUGAAGAUGAUUCGACAUUGGAAACUAGGCAGCCAAGGGCUAAGAGACAGGAUGAAGAUGAUCUAGAAUUCACAAGUUGUCUUGAGACAAAAUUUCCAGAUAUCUUUUGUCCUCCCAAGAAUUCCAAAUCGUUACUGCUCCCUGAAAAUAGACCACCUUGUGUUACAAAACUUCCGGAGGACUGCCACUAUGAGCCACAGGAUCUUGUUAAGCUAUUUCUUUUGCCUAAUGUAAAGUGUCUUGGGAGGAGGGCAAGAAAGUUAUCAGGUGAUGUUUCUGAAGAACAAGGCAAUGACUAUGAAUCAUUCCCUUCCUGGGAUAAUGGAGGUGUUGGUGAUGGCGAGUAUGAUGGUGAUACGCACAGUGACAUAGAUGACCCUAGCACACUUAUUUCUCAGCCUCGUCGGGUCAAUAAAAUUGAAGUCGACUAUGACAAAACAUCCAAACAAGUUGAUGUUCAGGCACUGAAGAUUGCUCUUUGGGACCAUAUUCAAGAAUCUAUUCAACUUCAUGUUCCGGUAUGGUGAAAAAGAAACGGUAUCUUUCAGGGAUAUGUUGACCAACUUUCCUAGCUGCAAUGCUGCUGCAACUGUUACUGACAUAUCUCCGCAUUUGUGUUUCAUAUGCCUAUUGCAUUUGGCUAAUGAGAAAGGGCUGAGCAUCGAAAACUGCCCCAACUUGGAUGAUCUAAGCAUAUAUAUGCCUACCUUAUGUUGAUGCCUCUGGAAGUGGAGCAGUUUAGAUACUGCUUCAUUUCAGGAACUAGGAAAUAGAUUGGCAAGUAUUUGUAUGCAGUUCUCUUGCUUUGAUGCUUUUAUAUGUGCAGAAAUCCUUACUUUUGUUCAUAGGCUAGACCUCAUUACUGAACUUCUAAAACAUUUUUAGGAUGAUGGAUGAGUAGAAAAUUGUAGAUAGCGGUUUUUUUUUUGGCUGUAAAAAUGGAUGGAAUAUAUCAAAGACAAUUAUUAGUCCACUGGUUAUUGGCUGUAACUGAAGACAUCA